GGGAUGUCGAGAAAGCCGAUGGUACAGCUGCAGUCGCAGCCCUCCGAGCCGUUGAUCGUCGUCGACGAGCUGGACGUGCCGGAAUGCGUUACCGAGGAGAGGUCUUCGGAGAACGACACCUCCGAUGAGGAGUCGCCGACGAACUUCAUGAAUCCCUACCUGCUGUCUCCGUGGAGGGACUCGAAGGAGACUAGAAAGCACUCUCUGCCGACGCCGCAAUGCAGCGGCAUCACGGCUAGCCAAGUGCGGAGAUUGUCUGAAAGAAGUGAAGGCGGGUCUGGUCCUGGACCUAGGCAGACCGAGUUCUUGGCGACGCUGUCCACGGCAGCAGCUCCGAUGCCCGGAGGCCGCAGACAUUCCGUAGUCACCAUCUGCAAGUUGCCGGUCACGCUGUUUGGCAGGAACCGACGGGAAUCGGUGGCGGCGUUUCCGAAUCGCGUUCUGCAGGGUUCGAGGCGCGAGUCGAUCGUCGGUGGAUGCGGAGGCGGCGGCGGCCCGCCCUCCACCGAGCCGAGGGGCAGCGUCCACAAUCUACAGCUAGACAUAAUGGACGACAUCGUGCAAGCGCGGAAGGUGCGCAUGAAACUGUGGAACACAAGCAGCGAGAAGGUUUGCGAGGUGCAGAACCUCGACGAAGUUGGCACCAACGUGCAGAAGUACACUACGAGCGCCGGCGGGGGCCGCCGAUACUCCGACUUUAUCGGAACCACCCUGACCCCGAUCCCGAGCAGCUCUAGAGCUCGCAGAGCCUCUGAACUGCCACCCCAACAACAGCAACAACAACCACCACAACAAGUACACCAGCAGCCGCCUCCGCCGAGCGCAUGUAAGAAAAAAUCCACCGGCAUAGUUUGCUCAAAUACUGAUCUUAUUUCUAUUUUGUCCUCGCUCACCUCCUCCGCCACCGAAAUCGACCGGCAGUGUGAGAUGUCCGUCACGCCGUCAACAGCACCAGCAAAGAAAUCAACGACUGACCAGAAACGGAACCGCCUGAAGACGAACAGAUCGAACAGUUUCGAUGUCUCCGCUCUAACAAAUGUAGUCACCACCCAACCACCCUCUGACUGGUUCACAAAACGGCACCAACCAAUGUCUACCAAACGCACCAAACCCGCCCUACAACCCAACAAAGUCCUCUGGGACGACUCCGUCGUCGAUCCCCAGGUCCUCGGCAACGCCAUCGAGGAUUUCCUCAAAGCGCCGCAAACCUCUUCCAAACCUAAGCAAACCAAAGAAGCAGCGGACUCUUCAAUCUGCUCCUCUCUGAAGGACCUCUUUGUCAAAUAGCUUUUAUCGACCACAUGUCUGGAUCUCAUUUAAAAAAGCGCACUCCCUCAACUCACCACCACCCCCCAACUCCCAAAACAAAAUAAUUACUUAACUUACUUAUAAACUAAUAUUUGUUACAAAUUAAAUGUGUCUUAAGGAUAAUUGAUGGUAUUUAAAAGAGUACAAUCACAAUCUAGAUGAGAGUUUAAAAUAAAAAUGGAAUAAGAAUUUAAAUAGUAGAGGAAUAUAUUGAUGUUAUAAUAAAUACAAUAUUAUAAUUAUUACAAAAUCAUCUUCUGUUUUAUGCAUUGUGUUCAUUUUGUAUUAGGCCUAAAAGGAUAGUCAAGGAAAUGAUAUAUAUAUUUAUAUAUGGGGAAAACGCAUAACACUCAGAACAACAUGGUCCGAGCGACCAAAGCACAACCGAACGGACAUUCGUCAAAGGAGAGAGUUUAUAAAGGCAGAAAAUUAUAUAGUAUAUGUAACUUUUAUUUUCUUUUCAUAUCAUUAAGGGAAGUUGUUGCGUUCUUUUCAUUUUCGCAAGACUCACUUCGUUUGGGAAAUUACAUUUUAUACAAACAACUAUAACCUAUUUUCACAGUAGAACUAAAUAAAUAUGAACAACUUGAAAAACACACUAUAAUCAAUAUUCUAGGAAUUAUUUAAGAUUUCAAUAAACACGUCUGGUACGUGAAUAUUUAUUCCUUAUUCUCAAAUCAAGAAAUACACAUUCUAUUAUUAUUCA